UUUGUAACAUUAUGGACAGCUGUAAACACACAGAAAUUUCGUAUGGACUAUAUGUGGGCUCAUGCAUUUAAAACGUUUUACCGACUGCAUGAUUUGGCUACAAACUGGCAACAAGCUCGGCAGAUCUGCGAAGCAGAGGGCACAUCUCUCCUCGUUCCCGGAUCUCUAGAGGAAAUGGAAAACCUUAAACUUCUCAUCAGUAAUAUGAAAGCCCACUACACUGCUAUUUUCAUUGGAAUACAUGACCAAUUUUCAGAAGGUGACUUCGUUACUAUCAAAGGAGAACCUAUAACAGGAACAGUAUUAGAAUUACUUUGGGCAGACGGUCGACCAGAUAACGGAAAUGACACUGAAGAUUGUGUUGUCAUGACAAGAGAGGGGCUCUUCGAUGACAGACCCUGCUAUGACAUAUAUCCGUUUGUUUGCAAAAUUCUAGGCAACGAAAGCAGAUUCAAUGAUAAGUGCGAAGGAUAUGAUAUGGGUUAUGUACUUCAUGAAAACGGAAAAUGUUACAAGUUUCACUCAGAACCGUUAGCGUGGUAUGACGCUUACCACGUCUGUAUGUUAGAAGAAGGCAGCCUUUGCGUCAUCAACUCAGCAGAGGAGGCCAGUCUCGUUGUCAGUAUGCUCGGUGAACAUCUCAACAACAAUGCUCCUGACUCUCACAUUUUGCAUAUCGGCUUUACUGAUUUAAUGUUUCCUUUUCAAUACAGAACUAUAACAGGUGAAACGUUAGAAGAAGCAGGAUAUUCCUCAUGGAGUCCAUUACAGGAAAGUAUAAGAAAGCUAAGGAACUACAGAUGCGGGGCACUUUCGAGGACAGGUUUCCUCAAAACUACGUCAUGCUUAAAUCCGGCUAUGUUCUUGUGUGAAAAAUCAAAAAAAUCUACUUCUGAAUAAAAUGAA